AGUGUAACAUACCAUGACAGUCACGUGCACCGUCGUCAGCCAUAUGCUCGAAUACUAAAAAUUGGCCAAUCUGCAACGUUAGCGUUAUUCUGAUCCCUGAGAAAGCCGUUGACCCUUUCUCUAUUUUCAGAUAGCCUGCUGUAUUCAGACUGUAACAUGUGUUUGGAUUGUGAGUGGGGUGUGGUGAAUGACACAGAAUCGCAUAGCAUGAUACUUAGCUAACAACGAUUCUGUCUAAACUUUGAGCUUUCCUUCCUUAGGCUAAACCUGUUGAUGUAUCAUCAUUAUUGUCUUCCACCUUAUCUGGGAUGAAAGGACAGUUGACUCAGUUGACUCGCUCAUCGCCUCUCCCAUUAGCCCCUGGCAUCUUUGCGUACGUGAUAUCCAUGGGAAUAGCAAAGCUGGGACAGAUUUGUGUUGAGCUACUCUUAUGUCCACGUUGAGAGUGGAGAAUGCUAGUGUCAAACGGAAAGGGAGUUAAAAUAAAAUUGGUCUGAGGACCAAUGCUCUUUACUAACAAUGGGUGUAGGUCUAUGAGGGAAAUCGCUCUUCUGGCUUUGGGGGUGUAGGAACUGGUUCGUCUUGUGAUUUCGUAAUGUAAUCUUGCAUUUUCUGUUGUGUUAGCAACAUGGUCACUAAAACAUCGUAUUUUGAGGGAUGUCAUUGUUUUCCAAUUGUCCGUUGAAUUACGUUAUUCGCAAAGUACGGGCAUGUGAAAUAUUUAUCUGUUCUGUCUCAAUUCACCUGGUUAUGAAUGCCAGUUUCCUCUAUUCUAAGAAAAGAUCGUUGUUGAAUCUGAAGUCUUCCCAUGUUCCGCUUAUUCCAGCAUGUGACUGAGGACUUGUAGAAUAUAUUUCAGGCUUGUGGUAAAUUUAGUGUCAUGAUGGAACUGCUCAUAUUAUUCAUGGUGGGAGAUGUUGAAGUCUGCAAGUCUCAGCUGAACGGUGACUGGAACGUCACGUGACCGUGCCCUCAUGAGUUAAUGUGUGUUCAGGAGGAAUAACUCCCGGCUGAUGGAGGAGAUCCUCAAACAGCAGCAGGAGCAGCUGGGGGCAGACGGCUCCAAGUACUCUGUGGAGUUUUUAAGUAAUGGCAGCGACAAACAAGACCAUCAAGUGUUGUCAUGCCAGGCGGUGGUGAAGGUGCUGUCUCCUGAAGACGGGCGGCAGGGCAUCGUGGAAGCGGCACAGAAGCUGUGCCGGGCGGUCGAGCAAAGGGAGCGAGCCGCCAAAGACAUCGAUGUCACUGUGCUCGACUCGCUACUGAGAG